AUGCAUUCAGAUACAUCCCAGAAAAAAUCUUCUUUAUCAGUGUCGUUAGCUAAUUUGUUUCGGCUUAGGAUUUUCGAGACGAUUUACGCGAAUAGUGAGUCGAAUCCUGCGUCUUCUGCGAAUUCCCCUCGACCAGCAUGUCCGACAGCAUUGGCGCAGGACAAGUACGGCGGCGGGGAUGCUCCGCUGCCGAAGAGAGGUGGACGACGAAGCCCUGAUGGAUCUAAAAGAUCCACGGGCGACCGGGGGAAAACCGGCGCUGGCGUGACAGGCUCCCGAGCUGGACGAUUGGGCGAACAGAAGGGCCCAGACGACUUGCCCAGCGGAGCUACAAACCCUGGCCUUCUCCGUUACAUCCACAACGCUGCUCGGUACAGGUUACCCCAAUGUUUUGAAGGUGGGUCCGUGUCAGUAAAGCAGAGCUCGAAGAAUAAUUGGAUUUUGGGCCACACGUUGUCGUUCAGCUCGGUGUCACCAGGCGGAUACAAGCUGCUGCUGUCGUACGUGGACCCCGCCAAGCCGGCGACUCCGCCCUACUUCGUGAUGGAAGCAGCCCCGGGAGGGCAGUUAAGCUGUGAAGUACGCGUGGGUCCAACGAAAGGGACCCGUGCCACCGUGGUGGCCCAAAUCGCUGAUGGAGAGCUUUACAGCUUCGAGAGUAUAUUCGACGCCUACUUUAACAGUUGCACUGCGUCCGUCAUAGCGGUCAAUCGGGAAUUCAUUGCUCUACAUUUCUUGCAGUCAAUUACGAAGAACGUAUCGUUGGGCGGGGAAGUAGUGGCUCGUGGGCACUCGGAGCUGAGCUCAGCGUCAGGGGCGGCGCGCUAUGCUGACCCCAAGAACUCUUUGAGCGCCACUCUCGGCAACCGAGGCGUCGAUGUAUGCUACGCUCGGAAUAUCAAACCUUUCCUCACCGUCGCUGCUAUGCUUGAGGUCGGAUUUGCAAUCCGCCGUGCACUGGGUACAUUGGCAUAUGAAUGGCGCAGCGACUUCUGGACGGCGCGAGCUUCCAUCGAUUCUGACGGCCUGGUGGGCGCCACGCUCCAACGCGCUCUCGGCGGUAAAAACGCGCAACUAUCCUGCGCUAUCUCCGCGCUUCUGAACCAUCCCAACGAUAAAUUCCGCCUUGGAUUCGCUAUCAAUGCUGCUAUCAUUUAG